UAAAAAUGAAUGAGACACUCCUGGAUCCGUUCGCCAACGUCUUGUUCACAUUGGAUUCGAUGGAGAACGGGACGAACACAACGAAUAACACAGUGGACGAAGGCAAUCGAUUUAUUUUGCCGCUAUGGAGACAGGCUUAUUGGUCUAUUCUGUAUGCGGGGAUGGUAAUUGUCGCUACCGGCGGCAAUUUAAUCGUCAUGAUUGUCCUUGCUCACAAGCGUAUGAGGACUGUAUUCAACUAUUUUCUACUAAAUCUUUCAAUAGCGGACACAAUGGUCUCGACACUAAACGUCACCUUCAAUUUCGUCUACAUGCUGAACGCUGAUUGGCCAUUUGGUAAAUUGUACUGCAAAAUAACGCAAUUUAUCGCGGCUUUGUCUAUCUGCGCAUCCGUCUUCUCUCUAAUGGCCAUUUCUAUUGACAGAUACAUGGCGAUAAUGACGCCGCUGCGGCCGCGAAUGGGCCGAAUUGUCACUCUAUCGCUGGCUAUUGCCACGUGGGUGCUCGGCGCCAUCAUCUCCAGCCCCAAUCUGUACGUCUACACUACGUUCGCGCUACCGGAGAGAAUAAUCUGCUAUUCGGAGUGGCCUGAUGGUCUUACAGGCGUAUCAAAGUUGGAUUACAUGUAUAACGUGGCAUUCCUCUUCAUAACAUAUGUGGUACCCAUCCUCGCGAUGACGUACACCUAUACCCGCAUCGGCCUCGAACUGUGGGGUUCGCAGGGCAUCGGCGAGUGCACUCAGCGGCAAAUGGACAACAUCAAAAGCAAGCGGCGGGUGGUUAAAAUGAUGGUCGUUGUGGUGAUCAUUUUCGCCGUCUGCUGGCUACCGUUCCAUUUAUACUUCAUCAUAAUAGCACACUUCCCCGAAAUUAGCAACUCCAGCUACAUUCAGGAACUUUACCUGGCAAUCUACUGGCUGGCGAUGAGCAAUUCGAUGUACAAUCCGAUUAUCUACUGCUGGAUGAACGCACGGUUUCGGCGUGGCUUCAAACAGUUCUUCUCCUGUUUGCCGUUUGUCGACACAAGUCCUGGGGCGUUCACGCGCCGCGAAGUCUUCACUAGUAAACGGAGAUCCUUUGUCGGCUCACCCGAUCAUAACCGAUUAAUGCGUAACGGCAGAAACGGUACUGUAAGGACGCACGUAAAUGUGAACCUUCAUCAACAUCAUCCAAAUCAGCACACUGACGAGCACACUCUGUGCACACAUAUUGCAGAUGAGUCGAAAGGACGCGCGAUGAAGCGCUGGGGCGCACACCACCACCAGCAACAGCAGCAAGCGUCGCCAGAUGGCCGCAAUAGUCAUCUCGACUGGCAGCAGCAUCAGCAGUGGAAGGAUACCUCCGACGAUCGCCUGCAUCAACGCACGUGGAUCUAGUGCCACACCUCGCGGACGGUGCAGAUCCGCGAGGAGAAUAAUCAGUACGCUGAAACAAGAAUGUGAGUGCAGAGGCAUCAUCGAUUCACAUACACACAAGUUAAUAUGACAUUGAAGUAGUUAUGUGAAUAAGAUGUCCGCCGGUAACCUAAUUGUGGGUAAGGUUUGGUUUCGUAGUUAAUUUGAUAUGGAAUACUUAGCUAUACCAACGAAAACCACUAACUAAACGUACAUAUACCGAAUAACAUCCUUAAAUGUAUUGUAAACAAAUAAAAAUAUGAAAAUGUAAA